AUGCCUGUGCUGAUGGUCGGUUGGCUCGUCUUGGUAGCAGUAGCGAUUACUGCACAUCAAUUAGUAUGCACCUGUGCUGGAAAGUGCCGACGUUCAAAGAAGCUCAAAGAAGGAUAUCUUCCAGAAAGUAAUAGACUGUCAAAACUACUAAACCCCUCAAAUGAGUGCCCUACACCUCAGGAAACCGAAGGCACUCAGGAAUCUUCACGUAAGGAAAUCAAAAAGGAUAAAUCGGAGAUCCCUCAGAAGUCUAAUCUUGCACCUUCCAAUUCUAACGUUCCAAAAAAUACUUUAAAGCAGCAACCUCCCGAAUCGGCGGUUCAAAAGUUGAAUGUAAGAAAAGCAGAGAUCGCCCGCACACAACAUUCUAAAGAAGAAGACCGAAUUUCGGAUGUUAAAGCAAAGCAAAAAAAUCGAGCUUCAGCAGAAGACCAAGAAAUAGCACGCACACAACAAUUUUUGGAUGAACCACAAAAUAGGGAAAUAACCCAAGAGGUUACAGCAAGGACUGUUCAAACCGUAUCUGAAAAACGGAAGAAAUAUGCUGUAGAAUACGAUGUGACUCAGGAGGAUAAGAUGACACCUGUCAGAUGA